AUGACCUCGUAUGAUUCUUCUUCAUCGCUAAGUGUAUCACCUACAGCUUUCAGUGUUCUCUCGGCAACGACUACGACCGCUACUAUCCUUCCGAACGUUCCCCAUGGAUUUGUCCGAUUCAAGAACAAUAUCAAGGAAAUGGAGCAGCUAUCGUUAGAAGAACUGAAGUCAAGACUAGCGACCACAGAAGCAACCCUAACUACAGCUCACUUCUCCCCGCAUGUGAUGCAGAAGAUGUUCGAGAAAGCCGAGUCACUUCGACUGCGCAUUUCCGAACUUGAAGCAAACACUCUCGGCGACACGUUCCGUUCAGCACACAUCACCAGUCCCUCAUCAUCGCCACCGGCCUUCGAUCCCACAGCACGAGUCAUCAUGCGCACCCGAGCGAUGGCAGUCGCACGGCCCAUCAUCUCUCGCGGUGGUACACAAGGCAUCACAUUCGCCGAGUCGAAGCCACUUGAGACCAUGGCAUGGGAAGUUCAGAAAGAAUAUGAAAAAAUUGUCGAAGAAGAUCGGGAGCGGAGACGUCUGCAGAUGGAGGAGCAAGGUGUCACUGAGGAGACCGUGAAGUUCCGGAAGAUGGAAGCGGAUGGCACUAUAGGAAGACCAGCUGUUAGAGAGCAGACCCAAGAAGACAAGAUGUGGGCGUUCAUGAACUACAAAGGAGUCCAGGAGGAACUUGUGGAUGAAGAAUAUGACGAGCCUUUGUUUCAGUUCGACGAUGACGACGACGACUGGCCGGAGAAUGUUACUUCUGGUGGAUUGGAAAGUAUUCGAUCUGCCGCCAUCCUACCGGGCUCCGAAGAAUACUAUCCACCUGACCCCUCUGGGUAUCAGUAUGGAAACGAUACUGUCAAGUGGCUUUCGACGUAG